AUGUACGCCGAAGCAGCCAGUGUUUAUCCUCCCUUAGAAGGUCGUCCCAUCAAGGAUACAAUAUGCCUUUUCGACGUCGAUAACACCCUCACCCCCGCCCGCCAAAGUGUUUCUCCCGAGAUGCUCCAACUCCUGUCCGUCCUUCGUCACAAAUGCGCUAUAGGCUUCGUUGGUGGCUCUAACCUUGUCAAACAGCAAGAACAGCUCGGAACGCCCUCCAUACCCGUCAUUGGCCUCUUCGACUUCUGCUUCGCUGAGAAUGGCUUAACGGCGUAUAGGUUGGGGGAGCAAUUGGCGAGCAAUAGCUUCAUCGGAUGGCUGGGCCAAGAAAAGUACAAGCAAUUGGUCAACUUUUGUCUGAGGUACAUUGCGGACAUUGAGUGUCCGGUAAAGACUGGAACGUUCGUUGAAUUCAGGAGUGGCAUGAUCAACGUCUCACCAGUCGGCCGUAACGCCAGCAUCCAAGAGCGCAACGACUAUGAAAAGUACGACAAACAGCAUCAGAUCCGUACCAAAUUCGUCGAAGCUUUGAAAGAAAAAUUCGGUGACUUCGGCCUUACCUACUCAAUCGGCGGACAAAUUUCCUUCGAUGUAUUUCCCACUGGCUGGGACAAGACUUACUGCCUGCAACAUCUAGAGACGGAGAAGUCUCUCAGUGGUGUCGAUUACUCGAUCAUCCAUUUUUUCGGUGACAAAACAUACCAGGGUGGAAAUGAUUAUGAGAUCUUCGAAGAUAGCAGGACGGUUGGGCAUAGUGUUGAUAAUCCGGACCAUACAAUGAGGGUUCUGAAAGAGCUAUUCGAUCUUUAG